GUUAUUGUAAAUGUUUUUAGAGAAAAUGAGGAUUUUUUAAACCCAUUUUUCCCUUCACUAAAAAAGAAUCGACACACAAAAAGAGAGAGUUUAUAAAAUACACGAUAAUAUCAAAGUUAAACACACACCAACCAAGUAAACAAGAUACAACACAAUUGGAAUCUUUCUUCUUUGACAAAAAAAAAAGGAAUCUCUCUCUUUCUCUGAUUCUCUCAUGUCCAUGCAACAAGAAACGUCUCACAUGACGGCGGCUCCACAGACCAACGGCCAUCAAAUCUUCCCUGAGAUUGACAUGUCCGCCGGCGAUUCCUCCUCCAUCGUACGAGCUACAGUCGUCCAAGCCUCUACAGUCUUCUACGAUACUCCCGCCACGCUAGAUAAGGCAGAGAGACUGCUUUCUGAGGCAGCGGAGAAUGGAUCUCAGCUAGUGGUGUUCCCGGAGGCUUUCAUCGGUGGAUAUCCACGUGGCUCUACCUUUGAAUUGGCUAUUGGUUCUCGUACCGCUAAAGGACGAGAUGACUUUCGCAAGUACCAUGCUUCUGCCAUUGAUGUUCCUGGUAAUAAAGUCCUCCACCAUAUCUCCGAUUAUGUUCUCACUUUUUUUCUUUCGAUUUUGGAUCUUAGCAUGAAUACCAGGGCACGCACUUAUUACCACAUAAAUCCAUUGUUCUCUAACUAGCUACCAACAUAGAACAACUAGGCAACCCUCUUUUAUAUUCACUUAGGUCGCGUGUUCGAUUCACGUUCACUGCACCAUUUGAUAAGUUUGAAGCUAUGAACUCUUAUCUUUUAUCACUUCUCAUUCCAAGAUACAAACUCAAGAACUACCCUAACAAUGGAGAUUUUUUCAAGAGAUCUCCUAACUCUCCUCCAUAAAACCAUACGUUUGUUAAAAACACAUCAAUACAUGCAUAACUUCAUCAAUUCUCUUGACAAGAGGUUACAAAAUCUGUUUCUUCUUGCUCUGUUUUAACUCCUUUUCACAUGACUUCUAUGCUUCUCUUUGCUUAUUCACGUGUCUCAUAACCUCCUUUUCAGCUACCACACGUAUCUCCUAGCUUAUCACACUUAAGAUCUAAUAAAUUCUCACCAAAGCCGUCUUUAAAACAGCUUCUGUUCUACUACGACACUGUAACAGAAACUGCAACAAACAACCAAGGUGGUUCUUGUUUUUUUUUGGUAUCAAGGUGGUUCUUGUUGCUUUGAGGGAGAUGCCUCUUCCUUCUUACAUGAGAGCUUGUAGCAUCACCAAGAUCUGACCAGUUCAUCAAGAGACGUAGCUUGGUUGCUCCACCCGUGACUCCACAACAAGCUUCAUUCAAGGGAGGCACAGAUGCUCCAAGAGUAAGAAGUUGUAGAUAAGAUCAUUUCAGCAACAGUCACAUGGGCUUAACUUAUGAAAGGCCCAGUGACUUGGGCUUUCACAUGGGUCAAUCUCAUAGCCAAUAAACCCAACAAUUGCCCUGAAGUGGAACGAUUAGCGUUAAUGGCCAAGAAGUACAAAGUAUACUUGGUUAUGGGUGUGAUAGAGAGGGAAGGCUACACGCUAUACUGCACCGUUCUUUUCUUCGAUUCACAAGGUCUGUUCUUAGGUAAGCACCGCAAACUCAUGCCUACAGCUCUUGAACGUUGCAUUUGGGGAUUUGGAGAUGGAUCAACCAUCCCUGUGUUCGAUACUCCUAUUGGGAAAAUCGGUGCUGCUAUUUGUUGGGAAAAUAGGAUGCCUUCUUUGAGAACCGCAAUGUAUGCCAAAGGCAUUGAGAUUUAUUGUGCACCUACUGCUGAUUCAAGAGAAACUUGGCUAGCAUCAAUGACUCAUAUUGCACUUGAGGGUGGAUGUUUUGUUUUGUCAGCUAACCAGUUUUGUCGUCGGAAAGACUAUCCUUCUCCGCCGGAAUACAUGUUUUCCGGUUCAGAAGAGAGCCUAACACCGGACUCUGUUGUCUGCGCUGGUGGAAGCUCUAUCAUUUCACCUUUGGGAAUUGUUUUAGCUGGACCAAACUAUAGAGGAGAAGCUCUUAUCACAGCUGAUCUAGAUCUUGGGGACAUAGCACGAGCCAAGUUUGAUUUUGAUGUGGUCGGACAUUACUCGAGGCCUGAAGUGUUUAGCUUGAACAUAAGGGAGCAUCCGAGAAAAGCGGUCAGCUUCAAGACGUCAAAGGUAAUGGAAGAUGAAUCCGUCUAACAAAUGAUCAUUUGUUAGACCCAAACUUUCUCUGUAAUUUGAUGAAGUUUAUCUGUAGUAAACUUCAAGACUUGUGUUGUAAUUGAAAUCGAUAAAAAAUCUAAACCGUUAGAUUGAGUGUUGUCUUCUAUUCCUCGUUUAUACUAUGCUUGGUUCUGCUCGUUCCAUGUUCUUCAAAUUUGUACAUGAAACUAGUGAUUCAAUAACUUGUUAGGGAUUAAGAUGAGUCAUUUUUACGAAAAAGAUGAAAGAAAAACAAAC